AUGUAUUAUUAUAAUAAUUAUCAAAUUAUUCGUAUUAUUAUUGGAUGUAUAGGAAUCUUAUCAAUAUUAUCACAUAUUAUAGCAGCAAUAUUAUGGAUUGCAUAUAUUAUAGGUUGGAGAAUAAUACGUAAAUUAAAAUAUAUACAACAAAGAAAAGAAAUUAAUCAAUAUUCAUCUAGGACACCUUAUUCAACAAGUACAAAUAAUGUAACUGCACAACAACAACCACAACAACAACAACAACAAGAACAACAAAGUAAUUCUAUAAAAUUAUGUAAACAACAUUUAACAUGGCCAAUAUGUUCAUUAAGAAUGUCUACACAAAUUAUUAUAUUAUCAAUGGAAAUAAUUAAUAUAUUAGGUUGUUUUGAUUUAAUAAGAUUAAUUUAUUUAUCAAUAACUGGUAAUGAUUUACGUUUAUUAACUAAUGAUUGGUUAUGUAGAAUACAAAUAUUUUUAUCAUUUAUAAGUUGUGAUAUAUCUGGUUGGCAUUUUGUAUGUUUAUGUAUUGAACGUUGUUAUAUAACAUUAUAUCCUAAAAAAUUAUAUAGUAUAAAUCAUAAUUCUAUAAAACCAAUAUUAAUAAUGAUAUUUUUUAUUUAUAUUAUAAGUAUUAUAUCAAAUAUCUUUUUAUUUAUUACAAAACAACCAAUAUGUUCUGGUAUAUUUAGAAAUAAUUUUAUUAAUAUAAUCAAAUUUUCAAUUACAUUUAUUAUACCAGUAUUAAUUGUUACUAUAUCAACAAUUAUUAUGAUAAUUGUAUUAAUUAAAUGGAAAUUAAAUAAUAAAUUUAAUAUAAAAACAUUCAUUUCAAAUAAUUAUUCAAUAACAAUGAAUAAAUCAAUCAAAAAACAAACAUCCAAUUUAUCUAUGAUACAUAAUCAAUUAAUUAAAAAUCAAUUAAAUUAUAAUAAUUUCAUUCAAUAUUCUAAUAAAAAACAAUCAAUAUUUAUCAAAUUAAUUAUAUAUAAUAUAUCAGCUAGAAUUAUUGUAGCUAAAAUGAUGUUAAUUUGUGCUAUUUUAUAUUUAAUUAAUUUAUUAUCAUUAUUUUUAUUUGGUUUAAUUUAUCAUGAUUAUUGUUGUUUUUUAAUAGCAAAAAUUAAUAAUCAUUGGAAUGAUAAUUUAUUUAAUUUAAUGUCUAUAUUAUAUUGGAUUAUACAAUCAAUAAUUAGUUAUGUAUUAAUGUUAGGUGCUAUUAGUAUAAGAAAUGAUAUAAAAAUUAUGAUAAAGUAUAUAUGGUAUAAAAUUUUUAAAAGAAAUGAAUAA